AUGAAAAAGGUGCUGCCUUUAGCCAAGAAGGCACUGGUGAGACUUCUGGGACAAGGAGAGAUGGAUGUCAAUAUUUUCAUUACAUCGCGCCUCACUGAGAUAAAGAGAAUAACAGCCCCUAAUGAGCCUUUAAAGGAUGAUAACAUGAAGGAUGCUGCAGAGCUCCAAGCAGCUAUUUUUGGUCUUGGAGAAGUUGAAUGUUUGCUUCAAGAAGCGGCUGCUGGUCAGAGAGAAAUUGAUCAAUUUCUACCAUCCAAACCACCAUUGAACAAGAACACAUCUGAUGUGAGGAAUAAAGGAAAGUACGCAAAUUCAACAAAAACAUUACACCACUGUGAUCAAAUCAACAAGCCCAUCGAUUUCGAUGCAACAAAGAAAGUAGCUGAGGAUUUCUGCUGUGAAGAAAAGGGUUCUCUGCUAAAACCAGAGAAGGAUAUGAUGAUCUUACAUGGCUGUCAGUUCAAAAAUCUCUUACUACAAAGAGUUGCACAAAGAAAAAGUUCAGCUAGAGCAGGAGUCUUAUCCUCCAUUGCCAAGUUUGCUCGAAAGCCUUUGUACCUGGAUCUUCGUGUCCUUUACACCAUAGUUCCACGUUUUCUCUUGUUCUCCUCCAUAGCAUUACCAACUUCCCCAGAUCUUGACUCAAUCUUUUAG